CUCCCACAGCCAGCGGCCGCUCUCAUUGACAGAACAUCGAUCUCCAGGAUUCCAGGACAUUCUGAAAAACUCAUGUUGCUGUACAUCUUCAGCUGAAGACACCUUUGACUUUGGCACAGCCAUCUGUGGAUUGUCAUUCUCACCUCUGAGCUGUUCAGAAGAGUUUCACAACCUAAGUGGUUCAUCCACUGGACUCACAUGCCUGGUGAAAAUCACAGUCAGCUGUGAGCACCAAUACCAAGGAUCUCCAGGACUAAGUGGAUCAAUACAAAGGUUUUCAUGUCACACUGUGGAUAGAACUGGAAAGCCGCAGUGCUGUGAGGUGGAAAGGAGACUGAGAGGGACAGGCUGCCUUUUCCUGGCAUGAGGAGCAGGAGAGGGCUGAGUAACUAGAGCCAGAGAAGAGCUCCACAUUAAAGGGUUCCCAUCCUGCUGGCCCUGCUGCAGUUGAGCCUCUCCUCUCCACGGGCUUCCUUUCAGGCUGCUCCUCUGCCUCAGCAUGAAGACUAUCUGGCUUCUGCUGCCUUGCCUCUAUCUAUCAGCCUGCCUUUGCAGCGCAGAGGAAGGGCUGGAGUUCCCCAGCUUCGAUGGGAAAGAUCGGGUGAUAGACAUUGACGCCAAAAACUAUAAGAAGGCGCUGAAAAAAUAUGACAUGCUGUGUCUCUGGUACCAUGAAUCCAGGUCUUCCAGCAAGGAGCAUCAGAAACAGUUCCAGAUGACCGAAAUGGUGCUGGAGCUGGCCGCACAAGUCCUAGAAGACAAAGACGUAGGAUUCGGGAUGGUGGAUUCCAAGAAAGAUGCCAAAGUAGCUAAAAAACUUGGUCUGGAAGAAGAGGGCAGCAUCUACGUGUUCAAAGAUGAGCACGUGAUAGAGUUUGAUGGAGAGCUUUCUGCGGACACUCUGGUGGAGUUCCUUUUAGAUUUGCUGGAAGACCCUGUGGAGCUCAUUAGCAACACCUUGGAGCUCAGAGCUUUUGAUAACAUCGACGAAGACAUCAAACUCAUUGGGUAUUUCAAAGACGAAGACUCAGAGCACUUCAAAGCCUUCCAAGAGGCUGCAGAACACUUUCAGCCAUAUAUUAAGUUCUUUGCUACUUUUGACAAAGGAGUGGCAAAGCAACUUACUCUGAAAAUAAAUGAAGUGGACUUCUAUGAACCUUUCAUGGAAGAGCCGGUGACUAUUCCAGGAAAGCCACACACAGAAGAGGAGAUUGUAGACUUUGUGAAUGAACACAAAAGGCCCACUCUGAGAAAGCUACGUGCUGAAGAUAUGUUUGAAACAUGGGAGGAUGAUAUGGAUGGAAUUCAUAUUGUUGCUUUCGCAGAAGAAGAAGAUCCUGAUGGCUUUGAGUUCCUUGAGAUCCUGAAAGAAGUGGCAAGAGACAAUACCAACAACCCAGAUCUCAGCAUUGUGUGGAUUGACCCGGAUGACUUUCCUUUGCUGAUUACAUAUUGGGAGAGAACGUUCAAAAUUGACCUUUUCAAGCCUCAGAUUGGAGUGGUGAAUGUUACUGAUGCUGACAGUGUGUGGAUGGAUCUCGCGGACGAUGAGGAUCUUCCCACAGCACAGGAACUGGAGGACUGGAUCGAGGAUGUCCUUUCAGGAAAAGUGAACACUGAGGACGAUGACGACGAAGACGAUGAUGAGGAGGAGGACGACAAUGAUGACGACGAUGAUGACGACGACGACGACGAUGAUGAUGAUGAUGACGAUGACGACGACGACGAUGAUGAAGACGAUGAUGAUGAUGACUAAGUUGCAAACUUCCAGAAUCCCUCAAUGCUGAAGUCAUUCAAAAUAUCUCGGUUAACAAUUGGAUUCUGCUGCUUAAAGCCUGGUUCACACUAUUGGAACUGUUGAGAAAAUACAGUUGCAAAACUUCAGCCAGCACAGGCAAAUUUCUCAAAGAGCGAGUUCUUUUCUUUUGAGAAGUAUUAAGACCUCUAUAGGUAGGCCAGCCAUCUAUAUACCAACUUAAAAGUGUCACAAUGUAAUCAAAACCAGGAUUAGGACACCUGUAAACAAGAGGAGAAGUCUUGAGUUAGCAUUCAUAUAAUUAGAAAUUACAUGUGACACUUGGAACUGGAAAAAGAAUGUUCUUUGGAAUGUAACUUUAUCAAAUUAAUUAUGUCUAGCCAAACAUGCCUGUCUUUGAUGACAGAUAUCAUAACAAUUGGAAAGAGACAUGCUGAAAGUCUUGCAGACUCUUGUUACCUCCCUUGGCCAUGAGAAAAGUAAUGGGAGUUAAGGGCAAUCUGAAGUCAAGAUAUGUCUUGUUGAUUGUCGAAAGAUAUGUCUAACAGUGUGAACCAAGCUUAAACAAGACGCUCCUGUAUGCUGGAGCACGUUCAGGAAAAAGAAAAAGAAAAGAAAAAAUAUACAUCGACCUCGGACAGUUUUAUAGAGAAUUUUGUACAUUUUCUACUCUUCUUUAUAAGCCACCUCUGCUUCUUUUUUUUUGUCAUUUUAACAAAUGAUAUUUUAAACUACAGGCAAUACCUGCAUCCACAGCUGAUGACAAGAGUCUCCAGUUCCUGCCAUUGUAAGAUGAGAAACUGCUGGUCUUGGUGUUUUAAGAAGUUAAUGUCCAAGCCCUUCCUACUAAGAGCACACACAAUAUAUUGCUUGAAAGACAGAAUAGGCUCGAGCGCAGAUGAAAUCCAAAUUCUGAACUGCCUGUGUAACCAGUAGCCAGAAACAAAGGCAGCAUUUGAUGGUGGCUGCCAGUCUGGUGCCUAUUUUAAAGUUUAUGUUGGUUGGCAAGUUGAAGUUUUGCUUUAUCGUUACAUGUGUUAAUGAAAUAUUUACUCCAGGUGGGAUGCUUAAAGAAGUUUUACAACCAAAUGUAUUUUUCCAAUAAUAAAUCCAUAUCCUUAUUAUCGUUUAAAAAACGUUGGAGCAAAAGUAAAAAAUGUGAAUAAUGAUAAAUAUGAGCUGCAACACCUUUUUAUUUUAUAUUUUUGUAAGGAAGUCUAAUAUAUUUGGUGACAGACAUCUGAACUACCUAGUAGUGCACUUCCAUAAAUAUUACAUUAUUGCUUUGGUUUCCAGGACACCAAGGGUACUGCAAGCAUACAAAUGGGUUGUGGCCUUCAGAAUUUCAUUACUAUAGAAUCCCAUUCUACUUAAAAACAAAGAAGCCUCAUAAAAUUUAAGAUCUUUUCUGAAGAAGAUUUAACAAUUUUAUUUUCCAUGAACAAGAACACUUUUGGGGCACUGUUGCAUGAGCUCUGUGGAAUGUUACUUUUAAUUAAAACUAAGGAAAAAGUGU